UUCCAUUAUAUAUUGCAGAUGAGAACGUUGUGGACAACAAUCUAAUGACCAUUGGUUUCAACAAAGCUUGUGUGAAGAAUGUUUUCACAGUCAUCCUCGUCCUCAUUUACUUGCUGCUCACUACGGUGGCUGUGUUCUUGGCCUACCAAACCAUUUCAGACUUCAUGGAGAAGCUCAACCAUCCAGUGAUGUCUGUUUCAUACAAAGAGGUUGAGGAGUUUGCUGCACCAGGAAUUGCUUUAUAUCCCGGGAAGGCGCAGUUAUUAAGUUGCAUGCAUCACUAUCAUGACAACGUUCCGCCUCUUGUUGCACUGGACAGACUAAAGGGAAGGAACUGUAUAAAAGAGGAGGUUAUUUUCCAUGGGCCAUAUUCAAACCAGACGCAAAAGCAAGCCAUAGUGGUCAGAGGGCCGACUGACGUGAGGAAUCGAGAACUUCUAUUCCUCCAGUUCAGCCGGAAUAAAACGGAAGAGGAUUUCAGUGCAAUCAGUUACAUGAUUUUUGCCAAAUUUAGCGACUUGCUUGAAAGCUCAGAUAAAGCUGCUUUUAUGAUGGACUGUGAAAGGAAUUACUCAAUGUGGACCUUCUCUGGAGGCUUUCGGACAUGGGUCAAAAUGUCUUUGGUCAGGACGACAGGCAGAGGAAAUGAAUCAGUUGAAUUUAGACAGGAGUCCAAUGUGGUGAAGUACAUCGACAAGAGGCCUCCACAGGAGCAAGCCAGUGAGCUUUUCUUUGCUGUCUUCCAAUGGCGAGAUCCAUUUAUACAGCAAGUUAAAGAUAUAGUCACAGCAAACCCGUGGAACACCAUAGCCAUAUUGUGUGGCGUCUUCAUGGCUCUUUUUAAAGCCGCAGACUUUGCCAAACUCAGCAUUAAGUGGAUGAUCAAAAUUCGUAAAAGGGCAAAAAUAAGAGAACUGAACCAAAUAAGCUAAAUCCUUUCCAUCUCAUCUGAAAACACAGUGUUGGACACUACAGCAUUUUUAAUUAUGAACAUCAAACACUUUCAGAGCAAAGAGUCUCUUGCACUUUCAUGAGAAUUGUGCUGAUGUUGUAUUGUACAUUUUGUUUUAACUGGACAGUAGAUUUUAAUUUGAUAUUAUAAAGUAAGUGCUCAUAGUGAAGAGUGAAUGCUGAGGCAUGUGUUCUGCAGUACGAGGGCAAAGUGUAUUGACACUGAAAUGUUAACUAUUCACACCUGUUCACUGAUUUUAAGCUAGUUAAAAUUAUGACUAAGAAGUGAUUAUACUGAAACUAAAAAGGCUUUUAAUGACAGGGACCUUUGGUUAAGUUGCAUUUCCCAACGAUCAAUAAAUAACUACUGCAGGGCAUACAGUGAUAGAAAUUCUCUAAAGAUGGGGGUCUUUUCUUACUGCUGUUUUCUUUUUGCUUUCAGUGUGAAUGAGAUAAGUUUUAUCAAUAUGACACAUGUUGUAUAAACCUAUACCAGUCAUAUUAAAGUAUUUAAUUUUUCUAAA